GUCGGCCAAGUGCUGGGGGCAGAGCAGUUGGGUUCUCAAAUAAGCAGUGGCCAUCACCAUGGGCACAAGCCCGAACUUAUCCUUCUUCCCCGGCAAUCACUGGCUCUACUUCUCUGUGUGCCUCUUCACCUUCCUCGUGGGGCUCCCCCUCAACAUGGUGGCCUUGGUGAUCUUCGUGGGCAAGCUGCGGCGGCGCCCCCUGGCUGUGGACGUGCUCUUGCUCAACCUGACCCUCUCAGACCUGCUCCUGCUGCUCUUCCUGCCGUUCCGCAUGGUGGAGGCUGCCAAUGACAUGCACUGGCCCCUGCCCUUCAUCUUCUGCCCCUUCUCUGGAUUCCUCUUCUUCACCACCAUCUAUCUGACCUCCCUCCUCCUGGCAGCUGUAAGCAUCGAGCGCUUCCUGAGUGUGGCCUAUCCGCUAUGGUACAAGGCCCGGCCCAGGCCUGGACAGGCCAGCCUGGUCAGCGGGGCCUGCUGGCUCCUAGCCAGCGCUCACUGCAGCGUGGUCUACAUCAUGGAAUUCUCAGCGAACUCCUCCUACAGCCAGACUAUCAAUAGCACCUGCUACCUGGAAUUCCAGGACAACCAGCUGACUGUUCUCCUGCCCAUCAGGCUGGAGAUGGCUGUGGUCCUUUUUGGGGUGCCCCUGCUCAUCACCAGCUACUGCUAUGCCCACCUGGUAUGGGUGCUCAGCAGGGGAGCCAGCCACCGGAGGUGGAGGAGGGUGGUUGGGCUUGUGGCAGCCACUCUGCUCAACUUCCUCGUCUGCUUUGGGCCCUACAACGUGUCUCAUGUCGUGGGCUUCGUCCAGGGUGAAAGCCCGGCCUGGAGAACUUAUGUGCUGCUUCUUAGCAUCCUGAAUUCCUGUGUCGACCCCUUUGUCUACUACUUCUCAUCAUCUGGAUUCCAGGCUGACUUUCACGGGCUGCUGAGACGGCUGACUGGGGGCUGGGACCCUUGGAGGCAGGAGGGCAGCAUGAAGCUGAAGAAGAAUGGAGGGGGGCAGACGCGGGAGCUGUCCGACAUAGAGAACAGGGAGUGGACUCCAGGAGGGCUUUGGAGCCAGCAGCUGAAUGACCGGGCAGUUCCUAGCUCGAGUCAGGCAGGACCGGGGAGUGGGGGCCUGGGGGCUGAUGCAGCUGGGCGGAGCAGGCACCCAGACUUCCCAAGGACGUGCUCACCCAAGCCCAGCUCUCGAUCUUACCCAACUGCCCUCCUUUCCCAUCUCCCUCUGACCCUGCCCCCCCGCCCCCAACGCCAUGGAUUUGGCCCUGGGAGAUAGUCAGGAUGAGAGCAUGCGCUGGAGAAAAAUGAGCUCCCAUGGCAGCAGGCCGGCUCCUGUGCUUUUCGGAAGGUAAAGGAGGAGCUGAGAGCAGUGACCAGGGACUGAGGGAGCUGCCUGGUGGCCUGGGACGGGAGGGGGAAGAAGCCAUCCUUCAGAGCUGUUCCUACCCAGCAGGUCAAGAGUGGGUACACAGGACCCUAGGCUUGAGGGAGCAUCCUGCUUUCAUGUGGAUUUUUCCAAAAAGUUUCCAUUGUUCAGUAAAUUCAGAUUUUCAGGGACAUUUAUGAAAAAUGACAGAAAAAAAAUUACCUAAAUA